CAGGGAGGGGGAAGAGAGAGAGAGAUAGAAAUUGAGGAGGGCAUUAAGCAAGCAGGCAGGGAGCGUAGCACCGAGCCAGCAGUAGCGAUUUGAGGCCGCCCGACCAGCAAUGCUCCCCCGACAGACAGGCUGAGAGGGGCCGCCUCGCGUCCCGCUGCGCUCCGGAGAGGAAGCCCGAUCGCUCGGACAAGCCGGGAGGGGAGGGAAAGCCGCCAGCGAUGUGAGGACGCAGCCUCCUCCAGCAAGGCAGACCUUCUUCUGAGCGGAGCUCCGCUGCUGCUGCCGCCACUGGAUUACAGUCAUCCUCGCUGUUUCCAAGGAGGCUUCCCGCUGCCAACCUACCCACAUGAAUUUAGCAAACUGUCAGGAAAACGGAGCACUUCCUGCCAAGAGUGCCUACCCCCGUUGAGUGAAGCCCUACCUGCAUAUUAGUCAUCUCCAACCAGCUCGGUGGUGGUGCCAUGCCUUCGUGCAAGCCAGGCAGAGUUCUGGCCCGGUCCAGGCGACCCGUCCUUGGCUUCUGCCUUCGCCCAUCUCCCCUGUGUCUGACGCUGCCUUUGAUUAUCUUCCUAACCAGGCCUUGGGGCAGCGUGUGUGAAGCACUAGCUCCACCGAGGUUUACCAAAAUUCCCACGGACCAGACCGGCGUGUCGGGGGGUGUGGCAUCAUUUGUGUGCCAGGCCACUGGCAACCCCAAGCCUGUAGUCUACUGGAACAAGAAGGGCAAGAAGGUCAACUCCCAGCGUAUCGAGGUGACCAUAGAGUUUGAUGAAGGUGCCGGAGCCGUGCUGAGGAUCCAGCCUCUCAGAGCUCCUCGGGAUGAGAACGUCUACGAGUGCGUGGCACGCAACAACCAAGGAGACAUCGCCAUCACCGCAAAGCUGGCCAUUAUCAGAGAGGACCUGUUGCCGUUUGGCUUCCCCAGCAUCGACAUGGGUCCCCAGCUGAAGGUGGUGGAGCGGACAAAGACGGCCACCAUGCUCUGUGCUGCCAGUGGCAUCCCCGACCCGGAGAUCUCCUGGUUCAAAGACUUCCUGCCUGUUGACCCCAGCCUCAGCCAGGGCCGCAUCAAACAGCUUCGAUCAGGAGCGUUGCAGAUUGAAAACAGCGAGGAGACGGACCAAGGGAAGUAUGAGUGCGUGGCUACCAACACCCAAGGCGUGCGCUAUUCCUCCCCUGCAAACCUUUACGUGCGAGAGCUUCGAGAAGGAGCUCCAGACACAUUGCGCCGCGUGCCCCCUCGUUUCUCUAUCUUGCCCUCCAAUCACGAGAUCAUGCCCGGGGGGAGCGUCAACAUCACCUGCGUGGCCGUGGGCUCCCCCAUGCCUUACGUCAAGUGGAUGUUGGGCAUCGAGGACCUGACCCCGGAGGACGAGAUGCCCAUCGGACGGAACGUGCUGGAACUCAACGGCGUGCGGGAGUCUGCCAACUACACCUGCGUGGCCAUGAGCAGCCUGGGCAUCAUUGAGGCCACGGCUCAGGUCUUAGUCAAGACUUUACCGAAGCCUCCUGGCACGCCCAUCGUCACAGAGACCACAGCCACCAGCGUCACCAUCACAUGGGACUCGGGCAAUCCCGACCCAGUCUCCUACUACAUCAUCCAGUACCGGGCCAAAGGGCCAGAGAGCAAAUACGAGACGGUGGACAGCAUCACCACCACGCGCUACAGCAUUGGCGGACUCUACCCCAACACUGAGUAUGAAAUACGGGUGUCCGCCUUCAACAGCAUCGGCCAGGGGCCACCGUCUGCACGUGUGGAGGCUCGCACUGGAGAGCAAGCCCCAGCCAGCCCUCCACGGAACGUGCAGGCCCACGUUAUCUCCGAGAACACCGUGAUGGUGCGCUGGGAGGAACCAGAGGAGCCCAAUGGACAGGUGAAAGGCUAUCGUGUGUACUACACCAUGGACCCAUCCCGAGCCAUUAACGAGUGGCAGAUCCACAACGUGCAAGACAGCAUAAUCACCACCAUCCAGAACCUCGCGACCUCAGAGACGUACACCAUCCAGGUCCUUGCCUUCACGUCUGUAGGCGACGGGCCUUUUUCUGACCCUGUCCAUGUGAAAGUUUUGCGUGGAGUUCCAGGUCAACCGGGCAAGUUUAAAGUGGGGAAGGUGACAGACACCAGCAUUGAGCUGACCUGGGAACCUGCAUACACCAAGGAGAAAAUAGUCAAUUACGAGCUGCUCUACAAGCCCGUCAAGUUUGGCAGCUUGGAGAAGUUGACCUUUGGGCCGAGGAACUCUUACACCGUCGAGGGCCUGAAAGCCAACACGGAGUACUCCUUCUCCCUGGCCGCCAUCUCCAACAAAGGCAUCGGAGCGUUCACCAACGAAGUGGUGCAGCGGACGUCCCAAGCCAAGCCCUCAGCUGCACCAGAAGGUGUGUCCUGUGAGAGCGUCAGCUCCACCUCCCUGAGAGUGAGCUGGCGGCCGCCUCAGUUGGAGGCCCGCAAUGGCGUGUUGGCAAGUUAUGAGCUCAAAUACCAAAAGGUUUCUGGGACAGGAGAAGAAGGCGGAGAAGGAGAAAGUGUGGGCUCUGAGGUGGAGGAGUCCCCCGUCUCAGCCCACCAGAAACAGAUCGUGUUGGAGGGGCUGGAGAAGUGGAGCUGGUACAAUAUCACACUUGCAGCCGCCACAGCAGAGGGGACGGGACCCAGCAGCCCGGCUGUGCUGUGCAGAACAGAUGAGGACGUUCCCGGCGCCUCCCCUCGUCAGGUGGACGUUCAGCCGCUAAACUCCUCAGCUCUCCGGGUAACGUGGCGCUCUGUGUUGCCCCGGUUACGGCAGGGCCAGAUCCGAGGGUACCAGGUGCACUUCAACCGCGUGGAGAGCGGGGAAUCACGCACCCUGCCCCGGAUCAAAGACCUUCUGUUGGACGAAUCCCAGAUGGAGGAGGAUGAUUCGACUCAGUAUGAGCUGGUUUUAGGAGGUUUGAAAGCAGAGACGUUGUACUCUGUUUCCGUGGCUGCAUACACCACUAAAGGGGAUGGAGCGCACAGCAAAGCUAAGCUGGUGCAGACCACAGGGAUUGUGCCUGGCUCCCCGUCCCUCUGGGUGCGUCCAGGAUCCGGCUCGUCUGUGGUGGUGAGGUGGGCUCCUCCGCUCGAGUGCUCCGAGACAGAUUCCGAUGGCAGGGGCACCCCAGUGGAGAUCCAGGGCUACCGCCUACAGUUCGGACUGAAGAACACGUCUUUGAACGGCACUGUGGAUUUCCCGCCUCGCGAAAGAAACUUCACUGUCAGAAACCUCUCCCCGGGGUCCUCCUACCUCUUUGUCCUCUCUGCGAAGAGCAAAGCGGGCUACGGGAAUGCGGCACAGGAGGAAAUAGCCGUUCCCAUGUGCCCACCCUCGGAAUACCCCAAAAUAAUCGAUUUUGUCAACGCUAGCUGCUGCUCCCUCCAUUUCUCCUGGCUGCCCCCCGCCCCAGACGAGUGCAGCGGCGUUGUCACAGAGUACACUAUAGCUUACAGAAAGGCUGCUGACUCGGGCUCCGCGGCCCCAACGGGCCCCUCCGCCCCCCCACCGGGACCCUCCGCUCCCCCUUGGCUCAUCACGCUUCCAGCAAGUGAGUCCAGCUACACCAUCUUGGGCCUGAAUCACAGCGCGGCCUACGAGGUCCAGCUCAGAGCCCACAACCAGGCAGGGCCGGGCCCUUUCAGCCCCGCUCUGCUCUACCUCACCCUGGCCUUUGAAACAGAUGUGCCGAGAAAUUUUUCCGUCAACCUGGCCACUAAGACCAGCGUUCUUCUCACCUGGGACUUUCCAGAGACCAGCAACCCCUAUCGCUUCAUUGUGGAGUAUAAUCGUCAGAAGAUGGAGGUGGACGCGCGGCUGAAAAAGGCGGUCAUCCCAAACCUGCAGCCCGACACCAGCUACGACUUCAAAAUCACUGCUCCCGAGGGCAACAUGGGAGGCCUUCGCCACCGCAUCACAGCCAAGACAUCCCCACCGAUCACCAUCCGCCGCCCUGAGAUCGACCAGAGCCGCCGUGAAACCGAAGCCACUGUCACCAUAAUCCUGCCGUUGCUGGAAACGCGCACUCCUGUCAAGAACAUAUACGUUGUUGUGGUUCCGCUGCGGAGAGCUCGUGGCGUCAUCAGACACCUGAAGAAGCCAGAUGAAAUGGACCUGGAGGAGCUUUUAAAAGACAUCAGUCAAAGGCAGAGGGAUUCUCGACAGCAGAAGCAGGUGGACCUGAGGCAGGCUUACAUCACAGCCCGGUUCACACCUGAAACCCUACCAGCCUUCUUCUCAUUGGGGGACCAGCUGGACUACGGAGGCUUCGAGAACCGAGCUCUAGAGCCGGGCCAGGAGUACGUCUUUUUCAUCCUGGCUGAGCUGAACUCCACGACAGGGAGGAUGUACGUGGCCAGCCCUUACACAGACAAGGUGAUCGCCCCGGAUUCAGACCCCCAGCCCCUUGAUGCCGGUGACGGUCUGAUCUGGGUGGUCGGACCCGUCCUGGCCGUGGUCUUCAUCAUCUGCAUCGUUAUUGCUAUCCUCCUUUACAAAAACAAACCUGACAGCAAGCGCAAAGACUCUGAACCAGGAACCAAGAGCCUUUUAAGCAACGCGGAGAUGAUGGCCCAUCACCCCACGGACCCUGUGGAGAUGAGACGCAUCAAUUUCCAGACUCCCGGAAUGAUGAGCCACCCCCCCAUCCCCAUCAGCGAGCUGGCUGAGCACAUCGAGCUGCUGAAAGCUAAUGACAACCUGAGACUCUCCCAAGAGUACGAGUCCAUCGACCCCAGCCAGCAGUUCACCUGGGAGCACUCCAACCUGGAGGUGAACAAGCCUAAAAACCGCUACGCCAACGUCAUCGCCUACGACCACACCCGAGUCAUCCUGGCUCCCAUCGACAGCGUCCUGGGGAGUGACUACAUCAACGCCAACUACAUCGACGGGUACAGGAAGCAGAACGCCUACAUCGCCACCCAAGGGCCCCUGGCGGAGACAUUCGGGGACUUCUGGAGGAUGGUGUGGGAGCAGCGGACCGCCUCUGUCGUCAUGAUGACGCGCCUGGAGGAGAAGUCUCGGAUCAAGUGUGAUCAGUACUGGCCGAGUCGUGGCACGGAGACCUACGGGAUGACCCAGGUCACGCUGCUGGACACCAUGGAGCUCGCCACUUUCUGCGUGCGCACCUUUUCUCUGCACAAGAGCGGCAGCAGUGAAAGGAGGGAGGUGCGUCAGUUCCAGUUCACCGCCUGGCCCGAUCAUGGUGUGCCUGAGUAUCCCACCCCCUUCCUGAACUUCCUUCGCAGGGUGAAGGCCUGUAACCCUCCCGACGCCGGACCCAUCAUUGUUCACUGCAGUGCCGGCGUCGGUCGCACCGGCUGCUUCAUCGUCAUCGACGCCAUGCUGGAGCGCAUUCGGCACGAGCGCACCGUGGACAUCUACGGCCACGUGACUCUCAUGCGCUCGCAGAGGAACUACAUGGUGCAGACGGAGGACCAGUACAGCUUCAUCCACGAGUCGCUGCUGGAGGCCGUGGCCUGCGGGAACACCGAGGUGGCUGCCCGGAGCCUCUACUCCUACAUGCAGAAGCUGUCCAAGGUGGAGCCCGGAGAGCACGUCACCGGCAUGGAGCUGGAGUUUAAGCGCCUGGCCAACACCAAAGCCCACACGUCGCGGUUCGUCACAGCCAACCUCCCCUGCAACAAAUUCAAGAACCGACUGGUGAACAUCAUGCCCUACGAGACCACUCGCGUUUGCCUGCAGCCCAUCCGAGGUCUGGAGGGUUCAGACUACAUCAACGCCAGCUACAUAGAUGGAUACAGGCAGCAAAGAGGCUACAUCGCCACCCAGGGUCCCCUGGCUGAGACGACGGAGGACUUCUGGAGGAUGCUGUGGGAGCACAACUCCACCAUCGUGGUCAUGCUGACGAAGCUGAGAGAAAUGGGACGGGAGAAGUGCCACCAGUACUGGCCCGCCGAGCGCUCUGCCAGGUACCAGUACUUCGUGGUCGACCCGAUGGCGGAGUACAACAUGCCGCAGUACAUCCUCCGAGAGUUCAAAGUUACAGAUGCCAGGGAUGGCCAGUCCAGAACGGUGCGUCAGUUCCAGUUCACCGACUGGCCAGAGCAAGGCGUGCCCAAGUCUGGGGAGGGCUUCAUCGACUUCAUCGGCCAAGUGCACAAAACCAAGGAGCAGUUUGGCCAGGACGGGCCGAUCACCGUCCACUGCAGCGCUGGUGUGGGGCGGACAGGUGUCUUCAUCACUCUGAGCAUUGUCCUCGAGAGGAUGCGUUACGAGGGGGCUGUGGACAUCUUCCAAACUGUCAAAAUGCUGCGGACGCAGAGACCAGCCAUGGUGCAGACGGAGGAUGAGUACCAGUUCUGCUAUCAGGCUGCUCUGGAGUACCUGGGUAGCUUUGACCACUAUGCAACAUAAAAGAAGAGAAGACCACGCGACCACCCUUCUGCUUUGACGUCAACAAAACAACAAACGACGAGAGAGAGAGAGAGAGAGAGAGAGAGAGAGAGAGAGAGAGAGAGAGAGAGAGAGAGAGAGAGAGAGAGAGAGAGAGAGAGAGAGAGAGAGAGAGAGAGAGAGAGAGAGAUUCAACUUUUCCUGGAAGCACGAUUUAAAGACCAAUUCUGCACCAACUAGCGACAACUUCAGCGACAAGAGUUCUCCUGCAGCAGCCGAGCUCACCAGUGCUUUCCCUGCUGGCCGAGAAGACUAUCCAUGUGUAACCCAUAUACUUACCUCAGUGUUCCAGUGUGAAGGACGUAUAAAUACAUGUGUGUUGUGGUCAGCUAUCUCAAGUAUGAACCAGUGAAAUACAAAAGGUUUCCGAACAGGAGCUACGCUACUCUAUGUGUGUAAAAUACAAAAAGAUUUAAGAGAAAAAAAAACACAAAAAAAAAACACAAAGAGCCUGGAUAUUUGCUGCACCCUAAAUGGGCUUUUUAUCCUCAACUUUAUAUCUAUUAGUUUGAUGUACUAAAGGAGUAACAAGGUGAACAUUUCUCUGUGUCUACGAGUCUGCUUCAAAGACGUCCACGGACCCCACUGGCCCUGAGGACGGCUGGAGACGCGGGUGGGUGCUUAUUUACCAGACGCACAGUGCCAAGACAAAAGCGAGCAGGAACUGUGGCCUACAAGGAGGCGUGGCUCCUAUUUGUUACCCAGCACAACGACAGAGCAGUCAGAGAAAAGUCAAGCCCCGGGUUUACCGUCCCCAGCAGCGGCAGCUCUGCGCUACAGCUGACCUUGGAGCCGCACCCGGAGCCUGCCGCCUCCACGAGCGGGCUGGGAUCUGUAGUUCCUCGUCAAGAAGAAGAAGAAGAAGAAAAAGAACCCUGCUUGCUGUUUGCUAUCGUCCUUGUUCAUCAUCCAUCUCGGUUCCUCUUGAAUGUCUGUCCCGUUGUGUUGGUUUCAGCAGUGGCUUAUUCAAGGAGAUGCUAGUGGAAGGACUGAGCUCUACGUUUCUCUCUCUGUUUGGUAGAUCUCACAUCUGCGGGUCUUUCGUGGGUUUUUGAUGUUUUCCUUUGCCUUAUGCAGACUUGAUUUUCGUCUCUUUAACAUGCUGCUUGAUGCUUGCGCAUUUGUUUGCAAAGCUUCUGUUGUGAAACACGACAUCUUAAUUUGGGGGGGGGGGGGAAGUUGUGUCAUGGUUCAUCUUCCCACUCUGGUGUUUCCCUACUUGAACUGCGGCCCUUAGCAGUGAAAUCCUUCUUAUAUUUGUACUUGUCGAGCCUACUGCUAAUGGACGGUAAUGAGAGAAAUCCUAAAAAUGAGAAAGCUUGAGUUACAGUGCCUUGCAAAGGUGUUCAAAUAUCUAUAACCCCCGGACCUUUUUCAUGUUUAACCACAAACUUUGAUGUGUUUUAUUAAGGACUUAACGGAUACAACGCAAAUUGGCACAACACAUGUAAAGUAGAAGGAAAAGGAUACACGCUUGUUAAUAUUUUGACAUUCGUCCCGACAAAGAUCCAAAAGGCAUCACAAAAAAUUUUAAUAAAUGCUGUGAAAAUCAAGUGUGUGAGCUUCCCUCUGUCCCCAUUUCCAAAUCUGUCACAAAUCUAAAAAGCGUGGCAUGCAUUUGCAUUUAAAGUCCCUGCAGGAUUGCCCCUGUGUUUAGCUCCAGCCGUCUUCCCCUUCACUGAAUCCCCCACAGCAUGAUACUGCCACCACUAUGACUCAAGAUGAGGAUGCUGAACUCAGAGAGUUUAGUUAGUUUUGUGCCACACAUGAUGUUUCGCAUGUUGGCCAGUAAGUUUGAGCUCAUCCGACUUCACAGUUUAAAUGACUUCUAAAGGUAAUUGACUGUACUUGUAGUUAUUUUGGGGUGUAUAUUGGAAGUGAUGGGGGCUAAAUAUAAAUGCCUGCCCCAGUCUUCUGGUAAGACCAGGCUACCUUUCUGUUGGUCUAUCACAUAAAAUCACAAUAAAAUACAUUCAAGUUUGCAUUCGCAACAAGACAAAAUGCGGUGGGGGAACAAAAUCAACUUUUGCAAGGUGCUGUACAUUUCCUGUCCCAUUUCCAAUCCUUCAUAGAGGCCCUUGGUAUUUUUCAGUUUCAUUUAACCAUUUGUACAGAAGCGCCCAACUUCACCAGUUGAUGUGAACUGCUCUGACUCCAGUAAAACUCCCCGUGAUAUUGGUGUGUAUCUUUGACCUAAUUUGAGCUGUAAUCCCAAUCGGUCCUAAUUCAGUGCUUCAGUGCUCGAAGAACACUUUGGAGUAACGGUGUGAGACGUAUCGGGCAGGUCCACCACUUUUGUACAUACAGUCUGCCACUAAAGUCCCACGCGGUACCGUUCCACACAUCUGAGCACAGCGUGUAAUAUACAGUGGGACCAGAUGUGAUGUACUACUUAGCGUCGCUAAAAAAAAAAAAGCCUUAUUGUUCUCGCUCACUUUGUCGUAUUUAUUUCAUAUGGUUUUUUAAACAAUAUUUAUUAUUCUAUUUUGUUAUUUUGAUUUUUUUUUUUUUUUUAAAGACAACCAAUAAAAUGUUUGUUUUUGGGCAAGUUGAUGUACGAUGCUGUCACUUUUUGUGGUUUUUUUUUCUUCUUUCUUUUAAUUUUUUUCCCAUUUUUUUAUGUGCUUUUUUUAAUGAUUUGCUUUGUAUUGACAACGUAUGCCCUCUGUGUAGGGUGCUAUUUGAUACUAAUUACUAAUGUCUGAUUAGUUAUAGAGAUGUACAUUAGAGGCAGAGCUAUUCAAGGUUUACAGUGACGCCCCCUUUUGACCCCCGCCUCCCCGAGUUGACCUAUACGUAGCUGCAGCCGCGGUGCGAUUAAGGGCAUCGGAAAUGUUCGACGUAUAGAGCAGACAUUUGAGUGAAGAUAUCCAGAUUAAUGCUGUUGGUGUUUAGUUUGCUUGAAAGCACACAGUAGCAGGUGUAUUUUUGACAGGGAGUGGGUAUGAAUCGUCUAGCUACACACUUUACACACACUCCCUCAGAGGUUAUCGAUUGAAUCUGAGCUUAUUCUCAUAUGAACUCUAUGUGUGGUCCUGAAGUCUUGACAAUGUUUGAACAUAUAUGAAAUAUGUUACUCCUUCGAUUUCCAAUGAUUAUUGUGUCAAGAGGAAUAUAUAAACGGGCACACGCGGAACAUAUAAUGAACGUGUGGAGGGCCAGCUCUGAUGAUGCCAUACCCCUCACUUAUGUACUUGUUCUUUCCUUUCAAACCAUAGAUGUAGAUAUUGUAUCUUGAAUUUGUAUUAAAAGCAGGAUGGUUGGAUAUACGA